CUCUUCUCAGUCGCGCUCGCGCCACUCCUACUCCACCGGCACGAACACGAAGGCCGUGCCCGCCCCAUGGCUCGCCUCUGCUUCACCACGCCCAUGCCGCACCUCCGCCGCCGCUACUCCUCCUUCACCUCGCCUCCUUCACGCCGCUGGGACCCCCGACCCGCCUUUGCCGCAGCCACGGAGCGCGUCCGCGCCGGGACGCUCAGCCCUGAAGACGCACACCACCUGUUCGACGAAUUGCUACUGCAGGCCAACCCCGUCCCCGAGCGCUCCCUCAACGGCUUCCUUGCCGCGCUCGCCCGUGCUCCGUCCUCCGCUACUCUCAGAGAUGGACCCUCCCUUGCUCUCGCCCUCUUCAACCGUGUCUGCCGAGAAGAAGCAGGACCGCCGGUGGCGCCGCCCACAGUCCGCACCUACAACAUCCUCAUGGACAGCUGCUGCCGUGCACGCCGCCCGGACCUAGGCCUUGCCUUCUUCGGCCGCUUCCUGAGGGCGGGCCUCAAGGUAAACCUGAUUGUCGCCAGCACCCUACUCAAGUGCCUCUGCCAUGCAAGACGGACAGAUGAGGCUGUCAACAUGCUGCUUCAUAGGAUGUCCGAGUUCGGUUGUGUGCCUGAUGCCAUCUCAUACUCCAUAGUACUUAAGGGCUUAUGUGACAAUAGCAGGAGCCAGCAAGCGCUCGAUCUGCUCCAGAUGGUAAGGAAAGGAGGUGCCUGCUCCCUCAGUGUGGUGGCAUAUAGCAUAAUCAUACAUGGCUUCUUUAAGGAAGGGGAAGUAAGCAAGGCAUGCAAUCUGUUCCAUGAAAUGAUGCAGCAAGGGGUUGUACCAGAUGUGGUCACAUAUAGCUCCAUUAUUGAUGCGCUGUGCAAGGUCAGGGCAAUGGACAAGGCAAAGUUGGUCCUUCAGCAGAUGGUUAAUAAUGGUGUUCGACCAAAUAUGUAUACUUGGAACUCAUUCAUGUACUCCCUGUGCAAGCAUGGAAGAAGCAAAGAAGCUGCAGAAUUUUUUAACUCCAUGACCGCCAAGGGCCUCAAACCUGAUAUUGUCGCGUACUCUACUCUUCUUCACGGGUAUGCUACCGAAGGAUGCCUCACCGAUAUGAUUAAUUUCUUUAAUUCAAUGGAACGCAAUGGUAUUGUAGCCAACUGCAAAGUUUUCACCAUAUUAAUUGAUGGAUAUGCUAAAUGUGGAAUGACAGAUGAAGCUAUGCUCAUCUUUACCAAAAUGCAAGAACAAGGAGUAAGUCCUAAUGUAUUCACCUAUGCAAUUGUAACAGCUGCACUUUGCAGAAUGGGCAGGCUGUCUGAUGCAAUGGAAAAACUAAAUGAGAUGAUUGCAAUGGGCUUACAACCGAACAAGGUUGUUUAUCACUCUCUAAUUCAGGUCUUUUGUACACAUGGUGAUUUGGUGAAAGCAAAGGCCUUGGUUUCUGAAAUGAUGAACAAAGGUAUUCCUCGUCCAAACAUUGUGUUCUUCAACUCAGUAAUAAACAGUCUAUGCAAGGAAGGAAGAGUUACAGAUGCACACGAUAUCUUCGACUUGGCUAUAAACAUUGGUGAGAGGCCUGACGUUAUUACAUUUAAUUCACUGAUUGACGGAUAUUGUUUAGCCGGGAAGAUGGAUAAAGCAUUCGGAGUACUUGAUGCCAUGGUUUCAUCUGGCAUUGAGCCCAAUGUUGUCACAUACAAUACACUUGUUGGUGGCUAUUCUAGAAAUGGAAGGAUUGAUGAUGGGUUGACCCUAUUCAGAGAAAUGAUGCAUAUCAAAAUUAAACCUACAACUGCAACAUAUGGCGCCAUACUUCAUGGGUUGUUUCGUGCUGGCAGAACUUUUUCUGCGAAGAAAAUGUUCAAUGAGAUGAUUGAAAGUGGAACAACAGUGAACAUUUCCAUAUAUGCUAUAAUUCUUGGAGGACUUUGUAGAAACAAUUGCGUUGAUGAAGCAAUCGUCUUGUUCGAGAAAUUAGGUGCAAUGAAUGUGAAGUUGGAUGUUGGAAUAUUCAAUACCAUGAUUAAUGCAAUGUACGCGGUUAAGGGAAGAGAAGAAGCUGAGGAUUUGUUUGCUGCAAUAUCAGCCAAUGGGUUGGUACCUAAUGCUUCUUCUUACGGUGUUAUGAUAACAAAUCUUCUAAGAGAAGGAUUAGUGGAAGAAGCUGACAAUAUGUUUUCAUCAAUGGACAAGAGUGGUUGUGCUCCUAGCUCUCGUCUGUUAAAUAAUAUCAUCAGAAUGUUAUUGGAAAAAGGUGAGAUAUCUAAGGCUGGAAAUUAUAUGUCUAAAGUUGAUGGAAAGAAUAUCUCACUUGAAGCUUCAACUACUUCACUGCUGCUGUCUCUCUUUUCAAGGGAAGGCAAAUAUCGGGAGCAAAUAAAAUUGCUCCCUGCCAAGUAUCAAUUUUUUGAUGGAUCCAGCCAUAGUUGAGUAGUUAAUACAUUGUAUAUGAGCAGAACUCCUCAGAAGGUACAGUUUCAGCCAAGAAGGCAAAUGACACAAUGAGGAUUCUUUUUCUGUAUGAAGAUUCCUCUUCUUUCUUGAGAGGACUGUAUGAGGAUGGUUUGGGGCCACAACAGAGAACCUAGGAAUUGGUAAAGAAGAUUGGAAUGAUAGAUACCUGUGGUUGCUGGUCUACUUUGAAAAUCAAAGGCUAACACUUUUGAGUAUUUUAUUUUUAAGGAAAAUAUGUGUAAGAGAAUAAGUAGAUGGAAGUAGAAAAGUCUCUCUAAAGCAGGAAAGAAAACCUUGGUGAAAGCGGUGGCGCAAGCAAUGUCUGACUUACACCAUGCCAUGUUUUUGAUCUAAUAAAAAGCUUUUGUGAUCAGCUUAGCACUAUGAUAGAAACGUACUGGGGGUGCCAGCAAGAGCAUGAGCAUUAAAUUUUUUGGCUUAGUUGGCGAAAAAUGUCAAGGCUAAAAGGAAGUGGAUGCCUUGGCUUCUGUCUCUCCAGCUCUUCAACUUUACCAUGCUAGCUAGACAAGGAUGGCGGUUACUGCAGGCAACAGAGUUUCCUAUGGGUGUUCCUUUCCAAAACACACAUGUUCUACAUGGAGACUCAACCUAGGGUAUAUGUCGUACAGCUGGCUAAGUAUUCUGAAAGGUUUAAAGCUUCUCAAGAUAGGGAUUAGUUGGACGGUUGGAGAUGGACAAACAGUAAGCAUAUGGCAUGAUUCAUGAUUGCUGAGACAAGACACAAUAUAUUGUGUUGAAAAUCGAAUUUUGCAUGCAUUGGAGCCUUCUAAACUUUCAGAAUAUAUAUGAAGGGUAUAUCAUGGACGCAAGUUACAUACAGUUUUCUUAUGCAAGAACAUAUGCAGAAAUUACAGGACGUGGAGCUCAUCUCAAACGUAUGCACCACAAGUUGUAUUUGAUUUCCAUUCACUGAAAUCAAAGAGGUCAGCUUCUGAACUAAAGCAUAAAGUGGCAACGAGGAGUUGGUUGCUGAUCAACCCCAGCCUGGCACCACCUUACAGGAUGCCUCCUUGACUCCAAUCCCUGCUACAUUUGUGUCUCUUCUUUUUGUCUGCAAGAUUGCCCGGAGCUUCAUACUAUGGCCAGUUUAGAAGGUCACAGGGUGAGGAUGCACAAUAUCUAAUAUUGCAAGUGAGAUUUAUUUGCCAGCUUCCAAAUAGGUCAUAAGAUCCUACUAUACCACUCAAAGAAAGAAUUUAUUCCCAGAUUAAAGGCAGAGUCAAUUACCUCCAGAUAAACCUAGCAAGGCGCAGGAGAAGAAUUGGUCUCCCAGAUAUUUCUGGCAUAACCACAAGGAAUAGGACCUUUUCCUGCCACCUGCUUCAUCUGGACCAAGACAUUCUCUGAAUAAGCUUAUCUAUGAUGGCAAUCAACAGGAAGAUCUUCUCAACAAUCCUCCUGAUGACACUCUUCUCUCCACACUGAAGAAAUUAAGUCGAUAUGUGGUGACUAAACCUCACCAAGGUCGAUGUAGAUUGGCACAGGAUGCUUAAGCUGAAUGAGCAGCUUCUUGUUGGUGUCCUCCAUGGCCACCCUUCACUUGAAUUUCAGAGGAAAAGCAUGUCAGAGAGACAAGAUUUACCAUUGAUUAAAUGUUGUGACCACUAGCUGUCAGGUUGUUUUAGUCCACUUCAGGUAUUUUGGAGACUCACAUCUAACGGAGGAAGCAGAGAGAAGUUUUCCGUACAUUAUGUUAAUUAAGUUUUGUUGAAUCGUAAUAGAGCUUCCAUAUAAUG